AUGGCCUCUGUUUCGGACGAGCCGAAGCCUUCGACCGGUGUGACCACCCAAGAUCCCCAGUCCCCACCCUCCGACAAUGACGGUGGCGAGCGCCCCGUUCGCAAGCAGCUAAGGGAGACCACCAUCGAGUCUACCCCAUCCAAGGAGAACGGAAGGAAGCGAUCCUUUGAAGAAUCACGAGACGGUCCGAAUGAUUCCCCCGAUGACAGCAGAAGAAAGCGAUCACGGGAAACCACGCCCAACAACGGACAGUCUACCGGUGCUGCUACCUCCUCAAAUGUGAGUGACCACGAACAUAAUCCCGAGCACCUCCUCCCGGCCACCCCAAAGGACCUAGCCAAGGAAGAUUUUAUCACCGAAGUGCCCCAGACGGAAAUUCCGGAGACACAACUGGAUACUUCUGCGAGUUACCCGAGGCCCGCAGAUAAAGAAGAGCUGGGCACCGAUUCUGCGUGGGAGGCAUCCGAUGAGCUCUCUGCCGGGACCGAUGAAGGUGAUUUUAGCUCUGGGCUUGAAGAACCGAAGAAGUCGGAAGCUAGGAACUCCCGUGACCAUUAUAAUAAGACCAAGAGAACCGAACCUUCUGCUUCCCAGCUUUUUGAGCAGACCGGUAGCCCCAGCGAUCCAAGGAUGCUCGCAGAAGUUUCUAACCCUGAACCCUCGGCAAGCAUAGAGUCCCAGGAACCCCGUCCAUUGGAUAUAAACCCACAACCAAAGGAAUCCAACAUGUCCGCAGGCUCAGAAUCCUAUGAAGAUCAUCCGGCACUCAAGGCUUCCUCGAUCGAGCCGGAUGAAUUUGAGGAUCACCCAAAGUCGCAGUCGGAUGAUUCUAGCGAUUCCCAUGUCUGCAAUUUACCGAGUCAAUAUAUUGAGUCUGUUGGUAGCCAAGAGGCUGAAACGGCUGUUUAUAAUACUCGAAAUUCGGAUUCUGGGAAAGCUAUGAAUCAUCUACAGGACAUUGACCACCCUGAAGAUCCCACUUUGCUCCAAGAGAAACCAUCGGAAUAUAAUGCCCGACCCAAAGCCUCUUUCAACCCCCAAAACUCGAGAUCCAUCGAGUCAGAAUCUAGGAACGAGAACCGCGUUAACACAGACCCCUCGUCACAGGAAUUCUCGAACUCCGCAACCAUCGAAUCCGCCAAGGGUCUAACAAAGAAGCGAAGCCGGGAACAACUAGAAAAGGAAUCACCUAAGAAGUCGGAGACGAUGUCUGAUCUCGCGCAGGAGUCCGACUCUGCUAAGAACGAAAGGGAGAAAAAACGACACCGCGACGAUUCUGAGGAGCGCGAUCAAACCACUAAUAAGCUCUUUUCUGCUAGUGCUUUCGCUAGCGCAGCUGAUUCGCCGUUUGCCAAACUCGCCGGCGCCAAAUCGCCAUUCUCGACCGAUUCACCCGCUACCACAGAAGACAAGCCCGCCUCUAGUUCCGCAUUUGCAGGAUCUGCGUUGGGUGGAUUUGCUGGCUCUGAAAAGUCUCCGUUUGGCACCCUCGGAUCAACAACGUCAUCUGUCUUCAAAUCAGCCAGUCCCUUCUCCGCUACGCCUAGUGCUGUUGGAUUUGGUGGAAUUGGAGGCGGAUUUGGGUCUGCUGCUCCUGCUGGUAAAACUAGCUUCGCAUCUCCCAAUGUCUCCUCCACGUUUGGUGAGACCAAGGCGGCCAAGCCCUUAGGCGCUGAAGAAUCUGAUAACGAGGAAGAUGAAGGCGAAGGCGAGGGUGCAGAGGAAAACAAUACAUUCGAGGCGGCUAAGACCGAUGAGCGAUUCUUCGAACAAACCAUUGAAACUGGCGAAGAAGAAGAGAAGACAAUUUUCGUAUGCAAGGCCAAACUUUUCUCCUUCACUGAUGGCGAGUGGAAGGAACGGGGUAUUGGCACUUUCAAGGUUAAUGCUCGGGAUGUUGGUGGGAAGAAGGUUGGCCGCAUGAUCAUGCGAGCUGAUGGUGCCCUUCGCGUCAUGCUAAACAGCCCCGUCUUCGAGGGUAUGAAUUAUGGAGAUGCUAAGAAUAAGGCCCCUACCAACAAGCAAAUUUUCCUGGCCAGUACAGAAGAGAACCGCACUGUUCCUCUCCUGCUUCGGACUCCAAAUGAGUCUUACGCACAGGAUUUGUACAGGGCUAUUAGGAAGUUGUUGACCGGGGAAGACGAGGAUGAGAGUGACGAUGAAGAUGCAUGA